AUGCCUUAUGCGUUAUCUGAUAAGCACUUGAAGAUGGUCAGUGGCCAUCUAAGUGAAACUGACCCUGAAGUUGAACAGAUUAUCAAGGAUGAAGUCGACAGACAAAAGCACUCCAUUGACUUGAUCGCCUCUGAGAACUUCACCACCACCUCUGUGUUCGAUGCUUUGGGAACUCCACUAUGUAACAAGUACUCUGAGGGUUACCCAGGUGCUCGUUACUACGGUGGUAACGAACACAUUGACCGCAUUGAAAGACUGUGUCAACAGAGAGCCUUGGAGGCUUUCCAUGUAACUCCAGACAGAUGGGGUGUCAAUGUUCAGACUUUGUCUGGUUCUCCAGCUAACUUGCAGGUAUAUCAAGCUUUGAUGAAGCCCCACGAAAGAUUAAUGGGUCUAUACUUGCCAGAUGGUGGCCAUUUGUCCCAUGGUUACGCUACUGAGAACAGAAAGAUCAGUGCUGUCUCCACCUACUUCGAAUCCUUCCCAUACAGAGUCAACCCAGAAACUGGUAUCAUCGACUAUGACACCUUGGAGAAGAAUGCUAUCCUAUACAGACCAAAGAUUCUAGUUGCUGGUACUUCUGCUUACUGUCGUCUGAUCGACUACAAGAGAAUGAGAGAGAUCGCUGACAAAUGUGGUGCUUACUUAAUGGUCGACAUGGCCCACAUUUCCGGUUUGGUCGCCGCUGGUGUCAUUCCAUCUCCAUUCGAAUACGCUGACAUCGUUACCACUACCACUCACAAGUCUCUAAGAGGUCCUCGUGGUGCAAUGAUCUUCUUCAGAAGAGGUAUCAGAUCAGUUAACCAAAAGACUGGUAAGGAAAUUCCAUAUGACUUGGAGAACCCAAUUAACUUCUCUGUCUUCCCAGGUCACCAAGGUGGUCCACACAACCAUACCAUUGCUGCUUUGGCCACCGCACUAAAACAAGCUGCUACUCCAGAGUUCAAGGAAUACCAAACUCAAGUUCUAAAGAACGCUAAGGCUCUAGAAAAUGAGUUCCAAACUCUAGGUUACAGACUAGUCUCAAACGGUACCGACUCACACAUGGUUUUGGUCUCCUUGAGAGAAAAGGGUGUCGAUGGUGCUCGUGUUGAAUAUGUCUGUGAAAAGAUUAACAUUGCCUUGAACAAGAACUCUAUUCCAGGUGAUAAGUCAGCUUUGGUCCCAGGUGGUGUACGUAUUGGUGCCCCAGCUAUGACUACCAGAGGUAUGGGCGAAGAAGACUUCCACAGAAUUGUACGUUACAUUGACCAAGCUGUGAAGUUUGCUGAACAGACCCAGAGCUCUUUGCCAAAGGAAGCCAACAAAUUGAAGGACUUCAAGGCCAAGGUCGACGAAAUUGCCGACCAACUGGCUCCAUUGAAGAAAGAAAUUUACGACUGGACUGCUGAAUACCCUCUAGCUGUCUAA